CAGGCUUCAAACUCACUGGACUGAUUGAUAACUUUGCAGCUGAAAAUAAGAAGGCCUCAGCAGUGUGAAAAUGCCUUCUCUCAGUGAAGCAACUGCCAAAUUUGGCUUUAGUAUUUUCAAAGAAUUCAAGCAAAAUGCAGGUGGUAAUAUGGUCUUUUCCCCUCUGGGCAUUGAAGCAGAAUUGGCUAUGACCUUACUUGGAGUCAGAGACAAAACUGCAUUUCAGAUGCAGAAGGUGCUUCACUUAGAUGAAGUUACAACAGGUGACAGGCCAACUGUUGGAGACAGUCAUGGUAUAUCAGCGGCUCUCUAUGGAACACCUGGAGAAAUCCAUUCCCAGUUUCAUUCCCUCUUGGCAGAAAUCAACAAACCCAAUGAUGACUAUUUACUGACCAUUGCUAGCAGACUCUAUGGAAGCCAGACAUUUCAGUUCCUGCAGUCCUACUUAGAUGGCAUAAAGGAUAUUUACAAUGCAGGGCUGGAAACUGUGGAUUUUUUACAUGCUUCAGAAGACAGUCGAGGGAAGAUUAAUUCAUGGGUUGAGAAUCAAACAAAUGGAAAAAUCAAGGAGCUAUUUUCAGCAGGUACUAUUGACCCAGCUACUGUCCUGGUACUGGCAAAUGCCAUUUAUUUCAAAGGAAAUUGGGCCGUGAAAUUUAAGCAAGAAAAUACUCAAGAAAUAAAUUUCAGGACAAACAAGGACACAAGCAGACCUGUGCAGAUGAUGAAACAGACAGGCUUCUUCAAUAUGGGAUACAUUGAGGAAUCUCAGGGGAAGAUUCUUGAAUUACCAUAUACAAACAAACAUCUAAGUAUGUUUGUUCUGCUACCUUCUGAUAGCAGCAGUUUAGAGAAGUUGGAACAAGAUCUCACCUUUGAGAAAUUAUUAGAGUUGAUGAAUCCUGAGAAUAUGGCCCGAAAAGAAGUUAAUUUGCAUUUUCCUCGGUUUAGAAUAGAAGAGACUUACUCUUUGAGGCCCACAUUGGAAGCUAUGGGGGUGACAGAUAUAUUUGAUGCAGAAAGUGCUGACUUUUCAGGAAUGACAACCCAGAGGGGCUUGGCUGUGUCCAAAAUCAUCCAUAAAUCCUAUGUGGAGGUGAACGAGGAGGGCACGGAAGCAGCGGCUGCCACUGGUGUUGUGGUUGGAUAUAACUCUUCCAGAAAGGAAGAAUUUAAUUGUGACCACCCAUUUCUCUUCCUCAUUCGACAUAACAAAAGCAAUAGUAUUCUCUUCUAUGGCAGAGUUGCUGCCCCUUAAUAAAGAGCAGUUGGGAACCGAUAAAAUAGAAGCUCCUUGAGGGGAGGAACUGUUUCACUUUUGUCUUUGUAUCCCCACAGAAGCUAUUGCGUAAAAGAUGCUGAACAAAUAAACAUUUGUUGAAUUGAA